AUGGCUAUAGCCAAGGUCCACCCCCGCCUCAAAGCGCAAACGGCUACCCAGGUUCCCAGAAUGGUGGUCCCUCAUCUUUGCCGUCCCUUCCACAACAUUCCCAUCUACCUCCCCGGUCCCCCGGUUAUGCAGCUCAGGGAUUACCCGAGAGAUUACGGCCGAAGCCAGCCCCUCCUCACGACGAUUACCGUGGCCCGCCUCGGCACGACCCUAACUACCCAUCGCGGGGCCCCUACGAGGGCGAGUAUGCUGGCGCUCCUCACCCUAGGAAUGGUUACCCACCCUACGCGCAAGGCCCCCGCCUCCACAGGCCUCGCAGCUCCAACAGGCAGCUCCGCGACAGCGUACUUCAAUCGCGUGUCGAUUCGAUGCAGCGGUUACCAGAACGCCCCCGGGGCUGCCUUCGUCCACGUGUCCGCUGUUCCUGGUGGGAUCGCCCCGGGAACUCCCCUUUAUGGUGCUUAUGGCCAACCCCUCGCUCAAGGCCCCGGCGGCCCACCUCCAUCCCACGGCUCGCAGGCGCCACCUGGCCCACCCCAGGGGCCUGCCUCCCAUGGAGCCCCUACUCCGCGCCGCCUGUGCAGAACCAGCCGCCUUAUUACCCUCAACCCGUCCGUUCUCCAACAGAUGUCCAUUCUCCUUACGCCGAGUCGGACACCGCCUCCGCAAGCGGGAGGCGCCGGAGGCGUGAGUCGGAGGAGGGACACGAGCGACGACUGCCCCCUAGCGGCCACGAUGAUGAGGCCUGGCGCCGCUCGCCCAUCUCUGGUAGUGGCAGCCCACGAAGCCAGUAUUACCCUUCUCAAGGACCUUUACCCGCUCCUCCGGGCAGCUCUGCUGGCACACACACGCCCCCAAUCUCAACCGGCCCGACGCCUCCCCAACGCUCCCCGCAACCUCCCACUCUGCUCCGUAAUGAGCGUCAAGAACAUCCUUGGAGACUCGCCGGCUCGCGACAUGGACCGCAACAUGCUUGGCCGUCUCAAUCGACCCGGGCGCUAA